GAGCAUUUAGGGAGCAAGAAGGGGAGUGUGUUUGGUUACAUGAGCUGUUUCUCUCUAUCUUUAACUCUCUUCACACCUCUCUCUCUCUCUCUCUCUUCAAAUCUUGUCUCUCUUUCACAAUAGUGAUGAAGCCAUGAAAAUGGAAAUAGUUUCAGCUUUUUUCUUCUUUUUCUGUUUUGUUUUGGGUUCAACUGGUUUAAACUCUGAUGGAUUGCAUUUGAUGAGCUUUAAGUCCUCUGUUCUAGUUGAUCCUCUGUCUCUGUUACAGACAUGGAAUCACAGCCACCAAACUCCAUGUUCUUGGAGUGGAGUCUCCUGUAAUAACGACUCAAAAGUCGUGACUUUGUCUCUCCCCAAUUCUCAGCUCCUGGGUUCAAUUCCUUCUGAUUUGGGUUCUCUCAAAACCCUCCAAAGUCUCGAUCUUUCCAACAAUUCCUUCAAUGGGCCAUUACCGGUUUCGUUUUUCAACGCAACAGAGCUCCGGUUUCUCGAUCUCUCCGGUAAUAUGAUCUCCGGCCAAGUCCCUGCCGCAAUCGGCGAUCUUCACAACCUUCAAACCCUAAAUCUCUCUGACAAUGCCUUGGGGGGAAAGUUACCCGCCAAUUUGGUGACACUGAGAAACUUGACGGUGGUUUCUCUGGAGAACAAUUACUUCUCCAGCGAAAUUCCCGGCGGAUGGAGAGCUGUUCAGUUCUUAGACCUGUCAUCGAAUCUCAUCAAUGGUUCGCUGCCACCGGAUUUCGGCGGCGAGAGUCUCCGGUACUUGAAUGUCUCGUUUAACCAAGUCUCCGGCGAAAUUCCUCAGGACAUAGGUGUCAAUUUCCCCAGAAACGCUACCGUUGAUCUCUCCUUCAACAAUUUAACCGGUUCAAUUCCGGAUUCUCCGGUCUUCCUUAACCAAGAAUCAGAUUUCUUUUCCGGAAAUCCAGGUCUAUGCGGCUACCCGACCGGAAACCAAUGUUCAAUCCCUUCAUCACCGUCAAACGUCUCCGACGCCGACGCACCGACGUCCACACCGGCAAUCGCCGCUAUACCGAACACAAUCGGUUCAAACCCGGUUACCAAUCCAACAACGCAACAAACCGACUCGAAUCCACGAACCGGGUUACGACCCGGGGUUAUAAUUGGGAUCGUAAUCGGAGACAUCGCCGGAAUCGGAAUUCUCGCCGUGAUUUUUCUCUAUAUCUACAGAUGCAAGAGUAAGAAGAAAAGCGUGGAUUACAACAGCAAUAAGCAACUAAAAGAAACGAUGGACACAAUUACGUUAUCACCAUCAUCGUCACCAGACGAAUCGAGAAGAUUCGCGAAAUGGUCAUGUCUACGAAAAGAGCCCGAGACGACGCCGUCCGAUGAAGAGGAGGAGGACGAAGAAAGCGGUUACAAUGCAGAUCAACGGUCAGGAGAUAACGGAGAGAACAAGAAUGGGUCGUUAGUGAUAGUUGAUGGAGACAAGGAGAUGGAGAUUGAGACUCUGCUUAAAGCUUCGGCUUCUAUUCUAGGAGCCACCGGCUCGAGUAUAAUGUAUAAAGCCGUUGUCGAGGACGGAACGGUUUUCGCGGUUCGUCGGCUCGGCGAGAACGGUUUGAGUCAGCGCCGGUUUAAAGAUUUCGAGUCGAACAUUCGAGCCAUUGGGAAAUUGGCUCACCCGAAUUUGGUCAGACUCCGAGGGUUCUAUUGGGGUACCGAAGAGAAAUUGGUCAUUUACGAAUUUGUCCCUAACGGCAGCCUUGUCAACCCCCGUUACCGAAAGGGUGGGUCUUCUUCGCCGUAUCAUCUACCGUGGGAAACUCGGCUCAAGAUAGCAAAAGGCAUCGCACGUGGGCUAGCUUAUCUCCACGAGAAGAAGCACGUGCAUGGAAACUUGAAGCCCAGUAGCAUACUUUUGGGCCACGACAUGGAGCCCAAAAUCGGUGAUUUCGGACUUGAACGGCUUCUCACAGGUGAAACAAGCUACAGCCGAGCUGGUGGGUCUUCUAGGAUAUUCAGUAGCAAGCGUUCCACAACGUCUUCACGGGACUUGUCGUCCAUCGGCCCUGGGCCAAGCCCGAGUCCAAGCUCGGUUGGUACGUUCUCGCCUUAUUGUGCACCAGAGUUUUUCCGGAGCCUUAAACCGAGCCCAAAAUGGGACGUUUUUAGCUUUGGAGUGAUCCUCCUCGAGCUUCUCACGGGGAAGAUCGUGUCCGUCGAGGAGAUUGGCCUAGGACUUGGACUCACGGUAGAGGACAGUCACCAUGCAAUGAGAAUGGCAGAUGUGGCGAUUCGCAGUGAGUUAGAGGGCAAAGAAGAUUUUUUACUCAGUUGUUUCAAGUUAGGCUACAACUGUGCAUCUCCUGUUCCUCAAAAGAGGCCAACGAUGAAGGAAUCCUUGGCUCUUCUUGAAAGAUUCCCUCCUAACUCCUCUGUUGUCAAGUCUACUAAUAAUUAAGUAAUGUUUUUCUUGUUAGUCAAUUUGAUCUUAUUGCUGCUAAACUUGUU